GCCGUGAGGGGCGCGCGCGGCGCAUGCGCGCUGUUUCCCUGGCAGCUGGUAUUGUUUUCGGCCGAACCACCUGCGUGGCGCUGCGGAGGCGGGGGGGCGAGGGCGAGACCAUUGGAGGAGUUAGACGGGGGCGGCUGCAGUAGCAGCAGCAGCAGCAGCACUACUGGUACUAGUACUAGGAGCAGCAGCAGCACAACUGGUGUAGUCUGGGUGUCCGGUGAAUGUGCGAGUGACGUCUAACAAAAGGUGUUCUGCAGGGAGGACUUGGAGCUGCUGCCUGAUGUGCUGUUGGAAGGGCAGAAUGGUGAAUUCUGAGGAAGAAGCAUCUGGUGUGCUGAGCCGCUUUUAACUGAGGACUGAAAAUGCCAGCAGUUGAAAGUGAGGCAAAGGCAAAAACCAAAGUUCGCUUUGAGGAAAUCUUCAGACGUCAUGCUGGCCUAACAGACAACAAGAAAUCAAAGAAAAAGAAGUUCCACUCUCAAGAGAAUAUUGUGCUUGACACCUUUAGAACUAAUAUUGAUCUAACUAAAGAAAGUGGGAAUGAUGAAGCAAUUAUACACAACACAUAUAAACCUGAAGAAGAGAGUCCCCGAUUUACAAAAAAUAAACUCAGAGAGAAAGCAUCAAUUGCAGAGAAGAUAAAUAAUGAUAUUGUUAGUGGAGAGGCAAACAAGCAACCGAAGUCUAACAAGAAGAAAAAGAAAUCACUGUUACAAGAACAAUUUAAUGAGGAGGAAAAUUUAUAUGAAGCUAAACUGGAGAGUUUUGAAAAAAAGAUAAAUGAUUUUCCAAAGAAAAAAACAAAAAGUAAAUCACAAACAGAUGUACCUCAUCAAGAAGGUGAUAGAAAGAUUAAAAAUUCCUUGACUGAAGUGAGAAAUGUAACUGAAUUAGAAGAGGAAGAAGAACUAAUUCAAGCCUAUCAGCUGCAUGUGGCUGAGGAAGAGGUAAAUGCAAUUAAAAAGAAAAUAAGAAUGAAACUUAAAGAACAGAUGUCUGAAUUUACUUCCACUGUUCAAAGCCACGAAGUUGCACUGAAUGAUGAAGUGGGCAAAAAGAAGAAAAAGAAGAAAGAAAUCACAGUAUUUUGUGAAGCUGAAACAAGUGCAAUGUCCCUUUCUGAGCUACAGCAUCACCCAGCAGAAGAUAGCAAUGAAAAUCAUUCAUUGGAAAGGCAAUUUGUAUCAGAAGGACAGAACCUGGAGGAAAGCAUGGAAAAACAGAAACCAAAAGCAAAGAAGGUUAAAAAGAAAACCAAAAAAGAAGAUAACACAGGAGUUACUGCAGAAAAUGAUGAGGAAAUGAAGGAUUCAGAAGUUUCAGUUCAGUCUAAAUUUGGUUUUGAUGAUGAUCUUGUAUUGGGAGUUUAUAUCCAUCGAUCUGAUCGACUUAAAACUGAUCUCCUGGUAUCUCAUCCUAUGGUUAAAAUCCACGUUGUUGAUGAAAGAAGUGGCUUAUAUGUCAAGAAGGAUCAUAGCGAGAGGAAAGUUUCAUCUUAUUAUGAAGAAGAACAAAUAGAGCAUGUUCUUCCUAUUAUGACGCAACCAUAUGACUUCAGACGGUUUAAAUCAACAGUUCCAGAAUGGGAGGAGCAAGUAAUAUUUAAUGAGCGCUUUAGUUAUUUUAUUCAAAAUACUGAAGAAAGCCCUCGGGUAAUUCUGUUUUUUGAGAUCCUUGAUUUUCUAAGUAUGGAUGAAGUGAGAGCCAACUCUGAUACACAAAUUCAGGAAUGUGGUUUCCGAAAAAUCUGUUGGGCAUUUCUAAAGCUUGUUGGUGCAAAUGGAAUUCUAAACAUUGAUGGAAAACUCCGUCUGCAACUGUAUUACCCACCUCCAAAGACCAGGUCACAUUCAAAUGUUGUUGAGGUUUAUGACUGGUGGGCAAGAUGUCCUAGAAAUCGUUAUCCAUCAACUUUGUAUGUAACCAUAAGAGGCAUAAAACUUCCAGAUCACGUUGCUCCUUCUUUCCGUUCUAUGGCGGCUGUUCAGCAGGAAAAAAGUAGUGCAACACUGUGUGAGCUUCAGAGAGAGGGAUCUAAAAAAUCAUGUGAAAUCACUUCUCCAGAGGAGAAAAAGGAACAACUUAAAUGGACAAGAUUGCCUGGACAGGCUUGUCGCAUACCAAACAAACAUCUGUUUUCACUGCGAGGUGGAGAUAUGGGUUGUUUCUGUAUUCGUUUCUCGCAUGAUGGGAAAACCCUGGCAGCAGCAUGUGCUGGAAGGAAUGGAUACCCCAUUGCUUUGUAUGAAAUUCCUUCUGGACAAUUCCUGAGAGAAUUUUAUGGUCACCUUAACAUUGUGUAUGAUCUUUGUUGGUCAAAGGACAAUCAAUACCUUCUUACUGCAUCCUCUGAUGGUACCGUCAGAAUGUGGAAAAUUGAAACACGGGCUGCAUCUGCAGUGAGAGUUUUCCCUCAUCCUUCAUUUGUUUACACUGCAAAGUACCACCCAGUUGCUGACUCUUUGGUGGUGACAGGAUGUUAUGAUUCUGUAAUUAGAAUCUGGAAUGCAAAUGUGAAAGAAAUCCAUGGGCAACUGCUACAGGAGCUUGAUGGUCACAAAAGUUUCAUCAACACACUUUGUUUUGAUGCAGAAGGGCUCCACAUGUUCUCGGGAGAUAGUUCAGGACUGAUAAUAGUUUGGGAUACAUCUGUGAAAGGAAGUUCUCAACACCUAUUUCAACACUGGAGAAUUAAUAAGGAAAUAAAAGAAAAUGAUAUUAGAGGAACUCCAGUAAAUCAUUUGGAGGUGCAUCCAAAUGGAAGGCGUUUAUUAAUACAUGCCAAAGACAGUACCCUGAGAGUUAUGGAUCUCAGAAUUUUGGCUACAAAGAAAUAUAUAGGUGCCACAAAUUACAGAGAAAAGAUUCACAGCACCUUAACACCAUGUGGCACGUUCCUUUUUUCUGGAAGUGAAGAUGGGAAGGCGUAUGUUUGGAAUCCAGAAACAGGAGAUCAGGUGGCAAUAUAUUCUGAACUUUCUUUCACAUCUCCGCUUCGUGAUGUUGCCUUUCAUCCACAUGAACACAUGGUGUCAUUUUGUGCCUUUGGUCAAAACCAACCCAUACUUGUAUAUAUUUAUGAUUAUAAAGUUGCACAACAGGAAGCUGAACUUGUAAAAGAUCUCAGCUCAUCACUUACCUCAGCUGCACCAAGAGGGCCACAAAUUUUUAGCAGUUUUUCUGAAAUUCCAAUGCAAAAAAGUUCAGUGAUGUCUCCAGCAGAUCAUUUUGUCAGCGUUGCAAGAACAUCAAUGAGAAUGCAAAAGCUGAAACAAAAACUUGAUUCUGUUAUGGCAAGCUCAAAUCUCUUGCUUCCUGCGCCAUCAUCACUGUCACCACACUCCAAGCUAAGACUGCCGAGCACUCUGAGCACUCCACUGAAUCCUCUGUAUGCUUUCACAGCUAAAAGUGGGUGUUUCAGCCCAGUAGGAAAUCCUCUUAGCGGAACACUAUUGGGUAGAAUACAGACGAAUGAUGACUGCCUAGCUGCACUGGGGGAAAGAGGAGGAAACAGUUGCCCACUCAGGCAAGAGACAGUAGUGGCUCUUUAUGACUACACAGCGCAUCGAUCAGAUGAGCUAACCAUCCAUCGCAGUGACAUUAUCCAAGUGUUAUACAAAGAUAAUGAUAACUGGUGGUUUGGCAGCCUAGCAAAUGGACAGCAAGGCUAUUUUCCAGCUAAUUAUGUGGCUGGUGAAAAAGAAUAUGAAGAACAGCCUUCAGGAUUAGUAUCGGAUUCUGCUCCACUUCUGCCUGAAGGACCCACAGAAGCAAAGGAAGGUUCUCCAACACUACAAAAGAUGUCACCAGUCAUCCGUAAGACGGGGGACCUGAAAUGUAUCUCAGGUCAUGACACAGAUAGAGACUCACCUGCAACACAAGGUGUAAAGAAAAAGAAGAAAAGGAUACAGAAGAACGAGACAGAAAAUCAGACCAACUUAAUGGGUCUCGAUUCUUCUGUAUCAUCAGUUACAGCUAAUGGUGUUGAAAAUGAACCUACAGCCCAUGGGGUGGAAUUGAAGAAGAAGAAAAGGGCAGCGAGAGGCUUGAACUUGAGCAAAAGUGGAAAGACAAAUAUUGCCUUUGAGCCUGAAUGCUAUGACGUAUAGUCAUAAUUUAAUUCCAAAUACCAAUGUGACAUUCAGUAUACACACAGAAAUGUAUUUGAAUGAUGCAACUUCAAUCUUGCUUCUAAGAUCGACAAGAAAAAACAACAACAAAGAACUAAAAUACACAAAAUGGUGGCAGUUGUGACUUAACAGUGGUGUAACCCUGUUCAAAAUAAUUUUGAUCAGGGUUCCUUGAAAUUAACAGAACUUGAAUGUCCAGCUCCUCACUAGACUGGUAAAAUCUGAAAUGCACUUUCAUAUUUUGUGAGAAUCCCACUGACAAAUACAAUGUUAACCAUCUGGUUAUAUCCUAAGUUAGGCUAAGCAGGCAUUUCUGUGGACUGCAGAUCAGUCUAUUGUGAGCAGAGAAUUGAGUCCAAAAGUGUGAUCUAGAACAAAACAAACCCAACCACAACAAAAGUUCUUGAAUUAGCUUUUUUUUUUUUUUUUGUAUAUAAAAUAGAGCAGUGUUCAGGAUGGUGAAGUUCCAAAGGAAUGCUGACAUUACAAUGUACCUGAAAACAUGAGCUUUUAUUUAUUAUUUUUUUUCCGACAUGAAAUAUUCACUUGGACCACAUAGUGCAGCACUUAAGCAAAUUGUUGAGUAACUACCUAUGCAACUGGUCAGACUUCAGUGGGACUGUUCAUGCUUUCCAAUCCAAAUAAGUGUUGCAAAUUCCAGGCACUUAUAUUUUCAAAUGAGAUUUUUAUGCGUAUAAUAAAGGUGCAUUGCAGUUUUGUCAGAGUUCCUGGCUGCUUUGGCAGCAGUCUUGCCAAAUAAGUGUUCUUUCUUCUGAAUGAAAUAUUUCAUUAUCAAACUGUGUAUUGUUAUACUUUUUCUUGUAGUCUUUAUUCAGCUGUAUGUGUCAUUAAUCUUUUUUUUUUUUGCUUGAGUAUUAUGUUGUGAACUUUUACUAAUAACUUUGCUAAUUAUCUACAAUUCUAAAUAAUUUAUGUUUUAUAUUAAAUGAAACACUUCCUA